AUGUCUCCAUACAAAACCCCCGCUCAGAAUCCCCCAGCGGGAACCGCGUUAUCAAAGGAUCCACCAACCCUAUUUUCUCCACUCACCAUCCGCGAUGUCACGUUUCAGAACCGCAUCUGGGUAGCUCCUAUGUGCAUGUACAGCGCGAACGACGGACACCUUACAGAUUUCCACCUUGUACACUUGGGUGCCUUUGUUUAUCGUGGAGCGUCUCUCACUAUUAUUGAAGCUACUGCUGUCCGCCCUGAAGGUCGCAUUUCUCCAGGUGACGCAGGCUUGUGGGAAGAUGCACAGAUAGAGGGGUUUAAACGGGUGGCGGACUUUGCUCAUGGUCAAGGACAGAAAAUCGGAAUUCAAUUGGCUCAUGCGGGAAGAAAGGCUAGUACGUUGCCCCCUUGGAUGGGACCUAGAGGGAAGAGUGCUGUUGCAGAAGAAAAGGAUGGAGGAUGGCCUAAGAAUGUUAAGGGAAUGAGUGCGUUGAAAUGGGGUGAAGGGUAUGCUGAGCCUAAUGAAAUGACACUUGAAGAUAUUCAAGAUGUCAUUGAUGGAUUCCGUGAUGCGGCCAAGAGAGCUGUGGCAGCGGGAAUUGAUGUGAUUGAAAUUCAUGGUGCUCAUGGAUACUUGUUGCAUUCUUCUUUGAGUCCAGUUACAAACAAACGAACCGAUAAGUACGGAGGAAGUUGGGAGAACAGAACUAGAAUGUUGAUUGAGACGAUCAAGGCUGUGAGAAGUGUCAUUCCAGAGGGAAUGCCAUUGUUGCUCAGAAUCAGUGCUACAGAGUGGUUGGAUGAUGUGGAGAGUUGGAAUGUUCCAGAUACUAUCAAAUUGGCAAAGUUGCUUCCAGCUCUUGGUGUUGAUUUACUCGAUGUUAGUUCAGCAGGUAAUUCACCAACCCAAAAGAUCGGAAUGCAUACAAAUUAUCAGGUCUCUAUUGCUGGGGAAAUCCGCGCAGCGCUGUUUAAAGAAGGGAUUAAAGAUUUGAAGAUUGGGUGUGUCGGCAUGAUCACAGAAGCUGAAGCCGCAAAAUCUCAUUUGGAGGAUGAGCCAACUACAUAUCCAAACGCGGGGGAAACAGUAGAUGUUAAAGAUGAACAAGGAAAGGUCGCAAAGGCCGAUAUCGUCUUGGUUGCUAGACAGUUUAUGAGAGAACCUGAGUGGGUUUUUAGAGUCGCUUAUAGAUUAGGCGUUGAGGUUCAAUGGCCUGUUCAGUACUUGAGAGCAGGUUUUUUGAAGGGCUCUGUGAUUUAA